UUGCUAUAAUUGGAUCUGGUGCGACAGGACUGGUAGCCUUAAAACAUUGCGUAUACAGCGAAUUUGAGACUACUUGUUUCGAACAAAAUUCAUAUGUUGGCGGUUUAUGGCGAUACAACGAUGGUGAAAAAUCAGAUUCUUAUUCUUUUAUGUAUAGAUCUGCCAUCACGAACACUACUAAACCAAUGACCGGUUUUUCUGAUUUUCCAAUGCCACCAGAUUGGCCGACAUAUUUGCCUCACAAAUUAAUGGCAAA